AUGCAAACGACACCACAAAAGAAGAAGAAGACAGGCCGACUUCCAAAGCUUACCCCUGAGCGUCUUGACGAAGUAAUCCUAUGGAUUCAACAAUCUCUUGAGCAUCGCUGUCUAAACUACCAUAAUAUCUGUGGUAUCUUAGAUCUUGGUAUAUGCGGGGAGACACUUCGCCUAUCUCUAAAAGCUCGUGGGAUGACUUCACACCCUGCUGCACAAAAGCCUCCGAUCCUUACCUCCUACCGGUCGAAACGUCUAAACUAG